AUGGGAACGGGGGGAAUGGUAGCAAUGGGAGGAAUGGGGAUACUGGAGGAACUUUGGGAACUGCUGGGACUUGAGGGACUGCUGGGACUGCGAGGGUUAGGAGGGCUAUUGGAACCAGCUCCAAAAGUUAAAGGCAAAGGUCAUGACACUAUUAUGCUACUAUUUGCUUCGUCUCCUUCGAUUCGUGCACUUCCACCACCGGCACCGCUACAACUUCCGCCACCAGCACCACAACUGCCUCCACCACUAAGACUUCCACGUUCACCCAUAUCACGACCACUACCACAAGUUAUUGUGCAUUCAGAGCCGAUGAAAAAAGGCUAUAGUGGUGAGUUUAACCUGAUUUUUUCUUAA